UUUUAGGAGUUUCUGAGGAAGAUCCCUUUGAUUUAAUCAAUGCUCAUUAUAAAUUACUGAGUUUAAAAUGGCACUCUGAUAAAAAUCGAGAUGGUGGAAGAGAAGUGUUUGUGAUGAUCAAGGAGAGUUUUGAAAAAAUAAAAAAAGAAGAUGAAAUCAAAGAUGAACCAAACUCUCGACAAUUUGCCCAAGAAUUAGUUUCUAUUCUUCAAGAAGAAUUAGUUUUAAAUAAUCUAAGCGAGGAAGAACUAAAAGAUUUUAAUAGAACAAUCUUUCAAGAUAUGGAGGUGGAUUUUUUUGAUGAAAAUGGUUGUUUAUUAAGUCUUGAAAAGUUAGUUGAUAUAUUUUAUCUUCCAGAAGAAAAGACAACUGUUAUCCAAUUUCUCCAAAACAGAAUAACUGGUUUAAAAAAACAAAACAAAGAAUUAGAUAGAGUAAAAAUAGAAAUCGAAGAAUAUGAAAAAGAAAGGACUGCCUUAGAACAAGAAGUCGAAAGAUUAGAGGAACUGAAAGAAGGAUUAAAAAAAAUAGUAUAUGAAUUGGAUUCUUCCGAAUUAUUCGGAAAUAAGGAAUUUGAAGAAUAUAACAGAAUUUGCGAUAGUUUAGAUAAAAUCGAAAAGGAGGAAAAAAUAGCAAAAGUAACUGAAAAAAUAGGAAAAGCGAGUUCGAAGCAAACAAAGUUAAUUACAGAGGAAGGCAAAAGGCAAGAACAUAAUUUACAAACCGCUUUCCAAAAUUCGCUUGUUAGUAAAGGCGAAGAAAUAAUAAACAAAAGACUUGAAGAGGUUGAAAAAGAUCAAGCCAAAAAUUAUUUUGCUUUCUCCGAGAAUGCCCGAUUAGUAAAAGAUAAAAUAACUUUCCUUACUGAAGAAAUCGAAACUCUUUUAAAACCCAAAAAAAAGACCAACGCAGGUGAAGAAAUAGAAGAAGAACAAUUAUCUCCAGCCGAAAUUGAAUAUAAUCAGAGUGAACGCC